UGUAAAAAUCUAUGCUGGAAUGGGAUAGAUGUUAAUUAAAAAUUCUGAAAAAAUGAACGAAAAAACGAACCAAACAGAGUAAGUGCUUAAGAAAAAUUCUUGUUUGACUUGUUUUGUAACAUCAGGCAGCAAACUAAAUCUACCUCCAAGUUUAUGCAUAAAUAUACAAUCCCAAACCAUUAGGUUCAUUGGUUAAUUGUAGAUCAUAAGGGGAAAACAUGGGUUCAGAUGAAAAUCUAGGUAAGGAACUUCCCAUAAUACAUUUCAACAACGAGAGCUUGACUCCUGGUUCGAGCUCUUGGGUGUCAACAUCCCAGAUGAUCCGGUUAGCGCUAGAAUCAUAUGGCUGUUUCGUGGCAGUGUGUGAAAGGUUAAUCUCGUUAGAGAUGCACCACAAAUUAUUCGAUCUUUCCAAGGACUUAUUCAACUUGCCAGUUGAAACCAAAGAGAAAAGUACCUCGGAGUAUCUUGGUUUUGGUUACGGUGCGAAUUUUGGCCCCUUCAUGCCCCUCAUAGAGUACUUGGGAAUAACCUACGGGUCAACUCAUGAAGCAAUCAAGGUGUUCACCAAUCUUAUGUGGCCUGACGGAAAUGAUCAAUUUUGCGAAACAGCGUAUUCGUACACAAGGCAGCUGCUAGAAUUAAUGAACGUAGUAAUGAGGAUGGCAUUGGAAAGCUACGGUGCAGAGAAGUACUAUGAUCUCUUGGAUGAAUCAGCGUUUCACAUGAUGAGGCUCAUCAAAUAUAGAACUCCCAAUGAAGAUGAGAUUAACGUUGGGCUACAUCCCCAUGUCGACAAAACUUUCCUAGGCAUUGUCGACACAAAUCACGUUAAGGGACUUGAGUUGCAAACUAAAGAUGGAGAUUGGAUCGGUUUCCAGCCUUCUCCUUCCAACUUUCUCAUACUUGCUGGUGAAGCAUUCACGGUGAAACCCUCUUUAAUUUGUUUGAUCAUCUUUUAUUAAUUUUUUUUUUCAUCCUAUAAAAAUUUGUUCAAAUCCACUUCAUUGGCCAAAAUUAAGUAAAUUUAGUGGAAUUGUUAAUAUUUUUAGUCCGCUAAUCCGAUUAAAUUAAUUAUUGUUGGGAUAUAUAUAGGCUUUGAGUAAUGGGAGAGUAUAUGCACCGUUGCAUCGAGUGAUCAUUGGAGGAGCGGAAGAGAAGUAUUCCAUCGGACUAUUCUCAUUUAUGCAUGGGACGCUGGAAAUCCCGGAGGAAUUUGUUGAUGAGGAACAUCCUUUACAAUUCAAGCCAUUCAACAACGUUGCCUAUCUCAAUUACUGUGGAGGAGAAAACGUGAUAUCUGAACACGCCAUUAAAGAAUUCUGUGGCAUUUAAUUAGUACUCUCUCAUCUCAUCUUCCCUUCCAUCAUCCAAGACACAUAAAAUAUUGAUGCUUUUGAUGAUAUACUUCAAAUUAAACUCCUCUUAUGUGCCUAUAAUUAAAUUGUAAUAUAUUCGUGACGCAGCUGUCAUUGUUUUCACCAGUGCUAAUAUGACUUGUAUUGUAUUAUAAUCCGUAUUAUAUUAAUAUAGUGACGUCCAAAUUCUAUUCCUCAAGAACUUAGAAAUACAUCUCCAAAUUGUGAUGUUGUAAGGGGUUAGUCUAAACUUUAGUUGUGAAUACAUUUUAAUUAUUGUUAAACGAUUUCCAUUGUUGUUACCCUUGAGCUAUGUUUC